UGUCUCCUAAUAUGAUCCUCAAUAAACACUUACUAAAAUCCCCCUCACUCACGCAGCAGUGCAGCACACACUCUCAUCCUCACUCAACAUACACAAACACGAAAGAGAGAAGAAAUCAGAGGGAGAAGGAAAGGAAAGAAAGAGAGGACGACGCCGUCUAGGGCUCCGCCGCCGUCGCCGUUGUCGUCGAGCGCCAGUGAGAGAGAGAGCUCGAGGAUGAGAGGAAACGCGAUGGAGGAGAGAAAAAGGAGGUGCUCCGUCGCCGCUGAAACUCCAUCACCACUGCUAGGGCUUGUUUCAGUCGCCGUUCUGCCACCGUCGGGCUUCUGUGCCCCCGCCGAGGAGCUCGAAGGGAGGAAGGAUGGAUGUAUCGCCGCCUUUGUGCUCUGUCGCGGCGCUGCCGUCAACUGGAGCUCGCCGCUGAGCUGCUGCACCACCUCCAAGCCGUUGCGUCGCCGCUCAUCUCUUCACUGUCACUGCUCAACACCAUCGUCGUAUCCUCUGUCACCAGUUCAAAGGUGUGUAUGAUUUUGAUAGUGAUGAUGAACUGCAAUGGCUAAUUGAGAUACAGAAGGUAUGUAUCAAUUUUCAAUUGGUUCUGUGAAUUUUUGGGGGGUUUUGGGU